AUGGUGAAAAAGAAAGAGCCAAGGAAAAGCAAUGGAGUCGUCGAGGAACUUUCGACAGAUCAAUUCUUCAACGAUCCAAACAAAUGGAAAGAUCUGCUCUCCGAAUAUGCUCACGAGAUGUACGAUUUCGCUACAAGCGUCGUUCCUCGAAGCAACGAUUUGCCGAAGGAUUUGAAACAAGAACACCCGGAGACAAGAUGGCAAAUGCUUGCCCAUUCGACAAGCCAAUUGAGAAAGGAUUUCAAGAAAUAUUCGUACUUGCUCGACAAGGAAAUCAUCUUGAAAGAUCGCGAAGAAAGAGACGUCGAUGAUGAUUUGGAGGAAGAUUCCUUGGACGAUGAAGACGAUGACGAGGAAGAAAGCGAUGAUGACGAAGAGAGGAAUGAAGAAGAUGAAAUCGAUGACGAAUCAGAAGGGGAUCUUUUCAAUAUGAGAGAAGAAGACCUUGAAGAUAUUGAUGAAAAGUUGCAAGCUAUGCAUUCGGAUGAAGAUGAAGAGAAAGAGGAAGAAGUGGCUCCAAAGGAAAAAGAAGCAAAUACUCCAAGCUAUAGAAAGACUGAAGUUGAUGACGCGUUUUUCUCGCUUCGCCGAAUGGAAGCCGAAUUAGAUGAAUUUGAACGACAGGAAAACGCUCAGCAAUUGGAGGGAAUUCUUGACAUCGAUGAUGAUCAAUCGAAGCCGUCCGAUUAUUCAUAUGAAGAUUUCUUCGGGAAACGGUCUGACGUGGCUCUGGAUGAAAAACCGACUAAAGGAAAGAAACGAAAAGUAGAUGCAGAUCAAGAGAAUGGGACGAAAUCGGGAAAGAAGAGGAAAUCUGUGUCUUGGGCUGAUGGAGAUAACGACGAAGAUGAAGAAUCGGAAGGGUCUUCGGAAAAGGAAAACGAAGAAGUCGAUAAUGGGGACGAGAAGGAAACCGAAAGACCAGUUCUAUUCGGAAAAGUCGAAGAAAGUGUCGAUGAAGAAAGCGGGUUACAGAAGCGAAUGAAAAAGAUCAGCAAUCGUAUAAAAGAGCUCGAGGAGGAGAAUCUUGCGCCACGUUCAUGGGAACUACAAGGAGAAGUCGCGGCCACAAAUCGAGACGAAGACACUCUACUACAGAAACACAUUCAAUUCGAUGCAUCAAAUAAACGACCUCCUGAAAUUACUGAAGACUUCACGGCUAAAUUGGAGGACAUCAUCAAACAGCGCAUCAAGGACAAGAUUUGGGAUGACCCUGUUCGGACUAGAAAGCUUACCGAAACUCUUGAGCCGUAUCGAAAUGAGCGAAUUGAAGAUCAACAAAAGAUGAAACAAUCACUCUCGGAGGUCUACGAAAAGGAAUUCCAGAAAAACUCCGGGCAAUUGAGCAAUGAUGGGCCUCAGAAGAAUCCAGCUCACGAGGAAGUUGAGUCGUUGAUGAGUGCACUGUUUCAGAAGCUUGACGCCUUAUAUCACUACGAGUUUGCUCCACCGCCGGUCAAGCCCGAGCUUAAAAUUGUCUCCAACAUGGCAGCUCUACAAGUUGAGGAGGUUGGAAUUAUGGCCUCUACGGAUGAACAAUUGUUGGCGCCAGAAGAAACCAAGAAACGACAAAAAGGAGAUCUUAAGGCUGAUGAUGAAAGAACCAAAACGGACAAACUCCGAGCAAGAAGAAAGAAGAAAAUCAGACAAAAGGUUAUGGCAAUGCGCGUAUUGGGCAGUGAGAAUGGCAAGAGUAACGACAAAUCACAGGAGAAGAAAGGAACAAAGGGUAAAUCUACAAAGAUGCGCUCGUCAGACUUUAUGCAAAAGCUCAAUCAAACCGUUCGCGAUGAAAUCGAAUCAAAGGCAAAGAAGUUGGAAAAGACAAAAGGACCCAAAAAGCUCCACAGCAUCUCCAACAAAUUCGUCCUU